AUUGAGAGAAACACACUCACACACACAUACUAGUAGCAGCCACAUUUUCACAGCCCGCUCUUCAGACUGACAGCAGCAAACGGAGUUGAGAGCCAGCACGACAGAGCGAGGGAGGAAGUGAAAGAGGAUUGGGAACAAGGGAGGCAUCCACAGAGGAGUUGGAAGUAGAGGAGACUUACACAGGAUUUUCCCCUUUUUUCUCUUUUAGCUCUCUGGGAGCCAUAAAAGGAAUCUCCCCUGUACUCUUCUUGAACUGCUAAAGGACCUGCACCCUGCUAUGGCAGCUCUGAUGGGACAUGGAAACACUGUCUCCCUCUCAUCUUUCUCCUCUCAUCGCUGGACUACUCUCCUCUGGGCUCUGUUGACCCUUUUAAGCCAAGUCUGGGGCUUCAACCUGGAUACUACCCACACUCUGCAUAAGUUUGGAGACCAUGGCACCUUUUUUGGUUUCUCUCUAGCACUUCAUCAGCAGCUUACCCCUGAGCCUCAGAGCUGGAUCCUGGUGGGGGCGCCGCAGGCAGCGGGGCAGGGCCCAUUGCGAGGCAGUCGACCAGGAGCCCUGUUUAGGUGUCCAAUCACACCAGAGGAGUACGACUGUGAGAGGGUGGAUAUUGAUGGAGAAGUGAGUCUGGAAAGAGAGAGCAAAGACAACCAGUGGCUGGGAGUUACUGUCAAAAGUCAAGGGAUUGGAGGGAAGGUGGUGACCUGCGCUCACUUGUAUGAGCUCAGGCAACGUGUAAGUCAACCUUCAGAGACUCGUGACCCCAUUGGACGCUGUUACGUCCUGAGUGAGGACCUGACAGAGCGAGAUGACCUGGACGGAGGGGAGUGGAAGUUCUGCGAGGGUCGGCCGCAGGGACACGAGCAGUUUGGUUUCUGUCAGCAGGGUCUGUCUGUCAGUUUCACCCCAGACAAAAACUUCAUUCUGUUUGGUGCUCCAGGAACAUACAACUGGAAAGGUGAGAUGCGCGUCCAGCUCCUAAACCAGACUCUGCUUGACCUCGGUUUCUAUGACGACGGACCAUACGAGGUGGCAGAUCAGAAACAGCUUAAUGCUCAGCUCAUCCCUGUGCCUUACCACAGUUACCUGGGGCUCUUGUUCAUGGCUAGCCCUGUUGAAGAUGCACUGCUGUACAAAACUCUGGAGCCCUCCAGCCGGCCCACACCGUUUGAGGAUGUAGCUCAUAAUAGCUACUUAGGGUUUUCAGUGGACUCAGCCAUGGGCAUAAUGAGCCUCAGAGAGCUGACCUUUGUGGCGGGUGCACCCCGAGCCAAUCACACAGGGGCGGUGGUGCUGCUGAGGAAAGACAAUGUGUACCGGCUGGUGCCACAGCACAUUUUCUGGGGGGAGGAGCUGGCCUCUUCAUUUGGAUACUCAGUAGCUACGACGGAUCUAAACAAGGACGGUUGGACAGAUCUGAUUGUUGGAGCUCCUAACUUUUUUGACCGUAAGGCCGAGAUUGGUGGAGCUGUUUAUGUGUACUUGAACCCCUUUGGUCACUGGGAUGAUCAGGCUCGGCCAAUCCGUCUCAACGGGACAUAUGACUCCAUGUUUGGGAUGACGGUCAGCAGCAUCGGAGAUCUGGACCAGGAUGGAUAUGGAGAUAUUGCGGUGGGAGCACCAUUUGACGGAGAUGGCAAGGUUUUCAUCUACAGAGGCUCAGAUGCUGGAAUUGAGACAAAACCUGCUCAGGUGUUGGAUGGUCGUGACUUUGAUGUGAAACGUUUUGGAUACUCCAUCUCAGGUGGUCUGGAUAUUGACAAUAACCAAUAUCCAGACAUUGCGGUGGGCUCUCUGAACGAUUCAGUUGUUCUUUUCAGGUCUCGUCCAGUCAUCCAUGUGAUCAGAGAGUUAUCUAUUGACCCUUCUUACAUUGAUCUGGAGCAGUACAACUGCAAGGGCAGAGAUGGAGUCUGCGUGGAGGUCAAGGCCUGCUUCACCUUCUUAGCCCACCCAGAACACUACUCACCACACAUUACUCUGGUAGUGCACUUUGAAGCUGACGCUGAGCGCAGGAAGCUGGGCCUCCCGCACCGCGUUAACUUCCUGGGCCGCAGUUCACUAGAGCCAGAGUACACUCAGACAGAAGAAGUGGAGCUGCAUCGGCAGCGCCACCCUGUGUGCACCACUGCUGUCUUCCAACUCCACGAGAACAUCCGUGACAAACUACGUCCCAUCUCAUUGGCAAUAACCCAUACCAUCAAGCCUGUGCCACCACGCAGACACUCAGGUGCCAAGAGGCUGGAGAAGCUGGCGCCUGUACUGAAUGUUUCCCCGUCUAAUACACUGCACUAUGAGGUGAACUUCCUGCGAGAAGGAUGUGGCAGCGACAAAAUCUGCCAGAGCAACCUGAAGCUGAGCUACCAAUUUGGAACACGACCCCUGACCUCUGACCUCUUCACCCCUCUGCCAAAAGAUGAGGAUGAGGUGCAGGUGUUCUCACUGUCAGACCAGCGGCUGGUUGUGCUGGAGAUCACCGUCACCAACAUGCCCUCUGACCCCCUUCACCCUGAGGAGGACGGAGAUGACGCUCAUGCUGCUCAGCUGCUUAUCUCCCUUCCAGACACACUGUCGUAUGCCGGCUCCAGAAUCCCACCACAGAUGAGAUGUCAAGCAAACCAGAAUGGCUCCCAAGUUGAAUGUGACCUGGGAAACCCUGUCAAAAGAGAUACUAAGCUGAAAUUCUUCAUCAACCUGAGCACAUCAAACAUCACCAUAGAGACCACUGAGCUGACAGCAGAUCUUUUACUGACAACUAUCAGUGAGCAGCCUGACCUGGCUCCAGUCACUGCAUUUGCUAAAGUUGUGAUAGAGCUCCCUCUGUCUGUCAGUGGGCUUGCUCGUCCUCACCAGCUGUUCUUCAGUGGGACGGUGAGGGGAGAGAGUGCCAUGACUAGUCUGGAGGACAUUGGCAGCCCUGUGGAUUUUGAGUUUGUGGUGGCUAAUCCUGGACAAGCUCUGCAGACGCUUGGCUCGGCCUUCCUGAACAUCAUGUGGCCUUACGAGCUGACUAAUGAGAAAUGGCUCCUGUAUCCUGUGAGCCUGAAGUUUGAGGGUCACCCAGGCACACACUGCACCCCCACGGAGGCCUUGAAUCCUCUAAAGCUACAGAGUUCCUCACCUGCAGAGUUUCCACAGACUGUCAAUCACAGGGCUGGAAGAACGCGCCGCUCCCACCCAGAGGACGAAGGUCAAGUGAUGGCAAAAGGCAGCGUGGGACGAACCACCCCUGCUGUAGCAGCUUCAGAGAGACGCAAGUCUCUCAAACUGGAUUGCCUCUUGGGGUCGGCACGCUGCGUCUUGUUCCAGUGUCCCCUCCACAGCUUCUCUGGUCAAGCUGUCCUCAAGAUCCAUGCUAGGCUGUGGAACAGCAGUUUCAUAGAGGAAUUCCAAGCAGUUAGUGCUCUGGAGCUGCUUGUAAGAGCCAACAUCACUGUCAAGUCCAGCAUCAAGCACCUGGUCCUCAAGGAUGCUGCAGCACAGGUUCCAGUGAUGAUCUACCCUGAACCGGGUCUGGCUGACCAGUACUGGAUCCCCUGGUGGAUCAUCCUCAUAGCGAUACUGGCAGGCAUCCUGCUGCUGACUCUACUGGUCUGCAUACUUUGGAAGUGUGGCUUCUUCCGACGGGCCCACUACAAAGACAAACUGCCUCAGUACCAUGCAGUGAAGAUUCCUCGCGAGGACCGGCCACAGUUCCAGACUGAGAAGUCAGGAAUUGUCCAUAAAAAGGAAUGGGCCACGCAUUGGAGCGACGGGACCUCGUAACUCGCUUUGAAGCACUGACUGACUGACUGAAUUAAUUCGAAUCACCAUGUAUGGCACUCAUUCUGUCUUUGCAUUGGAACUAACAGACUAAAAAAAAAAAAGUGCACAGACUGAGAUCAUGAAAUCUUGUGCACACUGUACUGCGUUAGUACUUGCAUAUAGGGGGCCUGUUACACUGUGACUGGAUCUAUAUUCUCCAAUGCUGUUGCCCACUGAUGGCUGGCCUUGGAUAGUCUGUUCAUACUGUGCAUCUUUAUCAGUGUUUUAUAGUAUAUACAGAAGAACCAGUUUAGCUGCUCAAUAUGUUUCACAGCCUGCACAGGGAGCUCUGAUGCUCACUGUCUGUCAUCAGUUUUGACCGGCACAACAAAGAAGGACAGGAAAUCACAACUCAACGACAUGCAUGAAUGCACAAACAUACGGCAUAAUAUUAGACGCAUAAGGACACACUGGACAUUGCUGAUGUAGAAGCCACUGCCCACAACAAAGACUACUUUUCUGCCUUAACUACUGUAAGACUGACGACUGAUAAGGGCAAUGAAAAAAAAAGCAUUUUUAUAUAAAUGGGAUGUUUUGGGAUUUUCUUUUAGUUAGCACUGGUAAACAAUGGGAACAUGUCAGUAUGUUAGGUAUUUGUAAAGUUGUUGCAGAGCACUGAGUGUGUUGUUUUCUGGGCUGGCUGAAAAAGCCAAUAAACCAAUUCACCUGAUGGUUUUUGUAUAUCCUUGUUCAAGGAGAAGAGGGCCCUCUAAAUGAGGAGCCUUUUCAGUUUGUAUCUUUUGCAUUUUGUCAAUAUGUCAGUCAGAUGUACUUUACUUCAAUAAUCGAUUGCCUGAGUGAACUUGAAAAAGGGCAAGAAAGCCACAGUGCAGCCUAUAAUAGCAAUGACUGUAGCACUGUUGUUGCAUGGAAACCAAAUGUGUCUGAAGAGUGAAGCAAUAUUUAAAAUGUGGAGAGUGUUUGCAUUUAAGUUUCUGAACCAAACAUUGAUUUUUAAAUGGAUGUCCUGGCUGGAAAAGGCACUCAUAUUCCCAGUGUAUAAAAUUAUUAUGUGUGAACCCAUGCUUUAUUCUCUAAUUAAACCCAAUACUACUAAGAAUUACUUCAUUUAACACAUUUAAAUCACAAGGUUGUCAAGUGACACCGUUGUUUUGUUUUUUCUUAAAUUAAAAUGUAUAAAUGAUUCACCAGGAGACAGCAGCACUGUUCCUGGUAAUAUACACAGGUUAUAUCAGUCAAGGUAAGAUUGUACAUUCAUUUCAGUACUGACAUUUCUAAUUGCAUACAAGUGCCUUAUGGUAAAAGUGGCAGAUUGUGAGCUACUGGUUAAGAACACAAGGCUACUGCAAAUUAGACCAUGCUGUCCUGAAGCAUCUGUUGGACACCUGUGGACAAAUAAACAUCCCUCCGACAUUUACACAUCAUGAAGAGAGGAGAGAAGAUUUCUAGAAGAGCAGAAUUCAUCAGAACGACACAAACUUUCUUUGGAUCUAAUGUGGGUUGAUGAAGUGGCUAUAAAGCAUGAAGGGUCAGCUUGUUUUUAAGGUAUUGCUGGACAAUCUUGUAUUAGCUGCAUGAAGCUCCUGUUGCUGUUCUGACGUUCCCCCAUUUUUUUUUUUCAUUGUCACGACUCAGUGUUUUAUUUAUUUUUUUUGGUUUGGCUGCACUGUUUUAACAUUGUAAAUAAAAUAACAGGAAGCAAAAUAAACCCCCCAUCAGACAACUUAGAUUGUGUGACGUGAUUCUCUCUAGAUUUUCAGAACUGGCUUUGUGAAAGCUGCAGUUCAUUUAGAGAACACCAGAUGGUGGCAAAACUCUCA